UUUCAAGAUUAGUAGAGGCACAAAUAUCCAGGUUAUGUGUAUUUCCAUCACUGUGAAAAGUUCUGUCUGCCUCUAACCACAAUAUUGGAGUUUUCAGAGAGCCAUGGCCUCAGCCCUCAUUACCAAGAAGAUGAGGGAGGAAGCCACGUGCCCCAUCUGCCUGCAGCUGAUGACAGAGCCCGUGAGCAUCGACUGUGGGCACAGCUUCUGCCGCGGGUGCAUAACAGAUUUACUUGUUAAUCAACGACAAGGGACAUCAUCCUUGAGGAGGUCCCACUGUCCCCUGUGUCGGGCACCAUUUAAGAAGGACAAUCUCCGGCCCAUAAAGCAACUGGAAAACCUCAUUGAGAGCAUCAAGGAGCUGGAGCGUGAGAGGCUGUGUGAGGAACACAAGGAGCGGCUCCACCUGUUCUGUGAGGACGACGGGCAGCUCAUCUGCUGGCGCUGUGAGCGCUCCCCCCAGCACAGAGGACACACCACAGAACUUGUGGAGGAGGCAGCCCUAGGCUACAGGGAAAUUUUCCAGAAAGCUCUGACUGAACUGAGGGAAGAGGAAAACCAAUAUCAGAGCCUGAAGUUGACCACAAAAGAGCAAAUAAGGCAAUGGAGGGAGAAGACAGUGCUUGAGAAAAGUAAAAUCCAUUAUGAUUUUGAGAAUCUCUACAACUUCCUCCGUGUUGAGGAGAAGUGUUGUCUGUGGAGACUGGAGAGGGAAAAAGAGCAGACUCUGAAGAUUCUGCAGGACAAUGAGGCGAGUCUGGAAAAGCAGAGCCAGGAACUCAAGAGCCACAUGCAGGAGCUAGAGAAGAAAUGUCAGGGCCCAGCCCAGGAUUUGCUGCAGGACAUGAGAGACACCUUGGUCAGGAGUUUGACUGUGACGCUGAAAGUACCAGAGGCUGUGUCUUUGGACCUUCAGACUGUGUGCAAUGUUUCUGAGCUUUACUUGGAUUUGAAGAAAAUGUUAAAGAGCUACCAAGUCCGUGUGACCCUGGAUCCAGGCACAGCUCAUACUGACACAAUUGUCUCUGACGAUCGAAGACAAGUGACCUAUGGUGGGCCCCAGUUGAACCUUGGAAAUUCUCUAAGAUUUCUUGACCUACCCUGGGUUCUUGGCUGUGAGUGCUUCACCUCAGGAAGACAUUACUUUGAAGUGAAUGUGGAAGUAGAUUCUGGGUGGGAUUUAGGUGUUUGUCUGGAAAAUGUACCCAAAGGUGCUCCCAUGAGUCUGCAACCUAAGUCUGGAUUCUGGGUCAUUAGAUCAUGCGAAGGGAAAGAUUACGUAGCCCUUACCUAUCCCCCAACUUGCCUUCCUCUGAAGGAGCAAAUCUGGGUGUUGGGGGUUUUUGUGGACUGUGAGGCCGGACGUGUGUCCUUUUACAACAUGACAAGUACUGUCUCCCACAUCUUCACCUUCCCAAGGGCCUCCUUCUCUGAUACUCUCCGGCCCUUUUUUGGGGUUUCUCAAGGUUCCGCUUUAUUCCUAAAUUCACAAUAAUAGUAAAGAAAGGAAUAGGUUUUCGUAGCCUCCUUCUGGGUAUAACCAUCCUAGAGAAUAUAAUAAAAGUUCCCUCAGGGAAGAAACUUGGUCUUUCCUUCACUUACAUUUUUCUGUACCUGGAACAGUGCCAACUCUGGGUGGAUACUAGAUAGAUCUGCAUUGGGUGAAUGUAUAUACAGACUAAAAAUAUUUAAUCAGUGGAGAAUGUAAGAUAACAUCCACAGGUAUACAUUGUCCUCUCCACCCAUCUUCAGAGGGUUCAGAUCUCUGAUUUCCCAGUUCCUGGUCUGACAGCAGGGUGGCCAGAGGUCAGAGGGGUGAGUGCUCUCAGUUUGUUUGAUAGCAUCAGAAGUCAGGUGUGGGGAGGAGGGGAAAUUGUAGUUGUCCCUGUCAACUGCAGAGAAGAGCAGGAACAUCAAAAUAAUGGUGACCCUUCUAACCACAGAGUUGAUGUCCUGGGAGUCUACUUAGGUGACAAGCAGGUGACGUGUGAGAGAAAAGCUACAGUGGUUUACAGUGAGAGGGUUCAGACAGGGAGGAGAUUCAUUGUAAAAAAGAACUCUGACAAGGCUUCAGUCUAGAAAUGAAAUUGAUUUAUUCCAGAUUGCGCUAGUGCCACCUAUUUUUAAAUAUUUUAUUAAUUUUAAUUUGUUUUUGUGUGUGUAGAAGAACUGGGGUGUAGGCCAGAGAUGGGAGGGGUGAGAGGAUUUGCCAGAGACAGAGUUGGGAGCAGAACAGGUGGAUUUACUGAAAUACCCUGCUGAGGGGAGCAGUGGGUAAGACAGGAGAGGUGUGCUUCUCCAUAUGUGGGUUGACUCCCUGGCUGGGUAGUAGUGGUGAUAGCACUGAGACUUCACCCCCAGGCUAUCAGGGAGGCCCUAUCUUGAAAUAUUUUAAAAUCUGAAAAAGUAUUUCUCGCUGGUAGUAUUUUGGUAGCCUCUUUCACCAGAUAUGACAUAAUAGGCCUUGCAAUACACAGAUACAUCCUUAUCAUACUUAAAUUAUCCGACCUAAGUAAGCCAAGGCUGGCACCAUGGUGCAGUCAGCCAUAUCUCAAACUGCAUUAGUGAUGUCCCAAGAAAGUCACCAAAUUGCUAAAUGUCAUGGUAUGUAGUUAAUAUAAAAAUCAAUGUGUGGGCCUCCCCGGUGGCGCAGCGGUUGAGCGCUGGGUUGAGAAG